AUGUCGUCCCUAUCCGCCUUCAAAGAGCCCGCAACAUACCACCUUCUCAGCUACGGCACCCUCAUCGGCUCCACAAUCUUCCAAUCCUUCAUCGGUGGCGUAACCGCCUACCGCGCCCUGCCCCGCGCGCAAUUCUCCUCCCUCCAGAAAGCCAUAUUCCCACCCUACUUCGUGCUGCAAACCGCGGCCCCAAUCUUCCUCUGGGUGACAUACCCGCGGUCGCUCCUCUCCCCCGCGUCGGCCGAUAAAUCCAAUGCGUGGCUCAUCGGCACCAUGUUUGCUACGGGGCUGUUGAAUUUGGUGUAUGUGGGGCCCGAGACGACGAGGGUUAUGGGGGAGAGGAAACACCAGGAGACGAGGGAUGGGAAGAAGAGUUGGGAUCAGGGGCCGCAUAGUGAAGAGAUGCAGAGACUGAACAAGAAGUUUGGGGUGUUACAUGGGGUUAGCACGUUGGUUAAUUUGGUAGGGUUGGGGGCGAUGGUGUGGUACGGGGCGGUUCUGGGGGAGGGGGUUAGGUUGUAG